AUGGUCGAAUUCGUCCUCAAGGCAUUUAAUGAUUCAGAUAUAGAAGCUAAAUCAAAAGAAGACAUUACAUUCAUUGUUUUAGGAGCAUCAGGUGAUCUAGCAAAUAAAAAAAUCUUUCCUGCUUUAUUUCAACUCUAUCAAAACAAUCUUAUAUCAAGAAAAAUUCACGUGAUUGGAUAUGCUAGAACUAAAAUGAAUAAUCAAGAGUUCCAUUCUAGGUUUUCUUCAUAUAUAAAAAUAACUUCUAAAGAUGAGUCGGUUUUUAAGGAAUUUAAAAAUGCAUGUACAUAUAUUAGUGGCAAAUACAAUAAUAAUGGGUUUAAAAAGCUACUAUUUCAUUGUGAAGAAAUAGAAGACAAAUCUCAAAAACAAAGUAGAAUUUUUUAUAUGGCUCUUCCUCCUAAUAUUUUUAAUUGUGCUUCUUAUUAUUUAAAGAAAUUGCUUUAUCCAGAAUCCGGUAUUGCUAGAUUAGUGAUUGAAAAACCCUUUGGAAAAGAUUUUGAAAGUAAUAAAAAACUUCAGAAAGCUCUUACAUGUAUGUGGAAAGAGAAUGAAAUUUUUCGAAUUGACCAUUAUCUUGGCAAAGAAAUGGUUAAAAACCUUUUAAUAAUGCGUUUUUCAAAUGUUUUUUUAGACGCAUCAUGGAAUAAACAUUAUAUAUCAAAUAUUCGGAUUAUAUUUAAAGAACCUUUUGGAGUAGAAGGACGUGGAGGAUAUUUUAACGAAUUUGGGAUUAUUAGAGACGUAAUGCAAAAUCAUUUAUUGCAGAUAUUGGUUAUUUUAGCUAUGGAGAGGCCUGAUUCUUUUUUUUCUGAUGAUAUUCGUGACAGAAAAGUCAAAAUUCUUCAAGAUAUACCUGUUAUCGAACCUAAGGAUGUUAUUAUUGGUCAAUAUACAUGUUCCGAAGACAGAUCUAAGCUUGGUUAUACAGAUGACGAAACUAUACCAAAAGAUUCACGCUGUCCCACGUUUGCCGCCUUAACGAUGUUCAUAGAAAAUGAACGCUGGAAAUGUGUUCCAUUUAUUUUGAUCGCUGGUAAAGCAUUGGAUGAACAAAAAGUAGAGAUUCGUAUUCAAUAUAAAGAUGCUUUUGGAGAAAUGUUUGGAAAUGUUUUACGAAAUGAAUUGGUUAUAUCUAUACAACCGGAAGAAGGAAUUCAUAUGAAUAUUAAUUCAAAAUAUCCUGGAUUGGAUAUGUAUGCUGUUUCUACAAAAUUAAAUUUUAUAUAUAAACAUGAAUUUCCAAAUAUAAAAAUCCCUGAAGCAUAUGAAAGUUUAUUGUUAGAUGCUAUAAAAGGUGAUCAAUCGAAUUUUGUGCGUGAUGAUGAAUUAGAUCAUUCAUGGAGAAUAUUUACACCACUCUUACACUAUUUAGAUGAGCAUGAAGAUAUUAAGCCUAUUCUUUAUCCAUAUGGUAGUGGAGGACCAUCAGAGCUUUUUGACUAUAUUAAAAGUUAUGGUUGUAAAUUAUGUCAGAUAAAUAUUACCUUUUAUAAUUGA